UGGUUGUAAUUCGUCACGUGGCUAUUCUGAAAAUGGCGUCUCCGAAUGGAGGAGAUGAUUUUGAAUCUUCUUUGCUAAGCUUUGAGAAUUUGGACAGAGCAUCACCAGACUUGUGGCCAGAGCAGUUGCCUGGAGUUGCAGAAUUUGCUGCAUCUUACAAAAAUCCAAUUACAAACUCACCCCCUAAGUGGAUGGCUGAACUAGAGAGUGAGGACAUUGAAAUGUUGAAAGAACUGGGUAGUCUGACCACAGCCAACCUGAUGGAGAAGGUCAAAGGACUUCAGAAUCUCGCUUAUCAGUUGGGUCUAGAAGAGUCCAGGGAAAUGACCAGAGGAAAGUUCCUGAACAUACUGGAAAGACCCAAGAAGUGACGGUGUAUUUUUCAAGCAACAGGACUGACAUUUAAUUUGACAAAGCACUUCAGAUAUCUGUGCAUUAAUAUUUUCAGAAAGAUAUUUGAAAGCUGUUGCUGCGUUCAGUUUAACUGGUUAAACCCUCAAACAUUUUGUCAUCUAGAUAUCGUCCCUUUUCACUAAUCUUUUUCUGUCUUAGAAAGUUUGAUCAAAUCAAAUGCUCAUUAUUUAUUCUUCUCUUUUAAAUAUUAAUUUCAUUUUUGUAACUCUUUAACUUGUAAAAUAAAGUUUUAAAAUGAAAAGAG